ACACAAAUCGCAAAAUGCUAGCCCUGCUAAAUCGCAUCCUGGACUGGUUCAAAAGUCUCUUCUGGAAGGAGGAGAUGGAGCUGACUCUCGUCGGGUUGCAGUAUUCCGGCAAGACAACGUUUGUCAACGUAAUCGCCUCUGGGCAGUUCUGUGAGGAUAUGAUACCGACCGUUGGGUUCAACAUGCGCAAGGUAACGAAAGGAAACGUUACGAUCAAGGUGUGGGAUAUCGGAGGCCAGCCACGAUUCCGGUCCAUGUGGGAGCGAUACUGCCGGGGUGUAAAUGCAAUCGUGUAUAUGGUUGAUGCCGCGGAUUUGGAUAAAAUGGAAGCCUCACGCAACGAAUUGCACUCGCUGCUCGAUAAACCCCAGCUGGCCGGUAUUCCAGUGUUAGUGCUCGGCAACAAGCGAGACAUACCAGGAGCAUUAGAGGAAACCGGACUCAUCGAUCGAAUGAACUUGUCUAGCAUACAAGAUCGGGAGAUCUGUUGUUAUAGUAUUUCUUGCAAAGAAAAGGAUAACAUCGACAUUACUUUGCAGUGGCUAAUUGCCCACUCAAAGAGCCAAAGUCGUUAAACCUCGGUGGUGAUGGAAUCAAAAACUAAGCUCUUAAGUGUAUCGCUAGAUCACUGUAAGGGUCAACAAUCUUGGGGCGGAAACAGACCUAAAGAUGACACAAAUCCAAACCAACAGAAAAAAAAUCUCAUAUUCAACCUGUCGUGGCAUCUAGCCCUACGUUUAACAGCUAAUACUUAGGCGCAAGAAAACCUCCCCCGAAAAAGGAAUUACAUUGUGCAUUGCGUGGUGCAUUGUGAAGGAGAUCAAUCAUUGGCAAACCUGCAUCUCAAAGGUAAGCUGAUGCAGUUUUGUAUACAAUGUUUGCUAUUCAAUAGAACAGUUCACCGAUACUUUGCCACAACACCUCGCUUGUGCCAGACAAUGAGCACUUGCAAAGCAAUUAGGGAGGCCAGCUACGCGUAAAAAAGUACUGUUCAAAUGCGUGAUGCACUAAAAUUAUAUUAUCAGUACUGAAUACGUGUGAUGCAAAGUGUGGUAGCUCGCACAUGUGCCACGCGCCUAAAAGAUAGUAAAUGUAGUCGCCAACAACUCGUUCGGGAGAACCAUCAACCUCUAAGAACAAUCCAAUAUUGCUAAGCUAAUGAAGAAACCCUCUAGAAAAUCCCGGCAUCUAGAUAAAGCAAAGCGAUUGGUUCUAACAGCAAAAGCAAAAAGUCACAUAAAUGUGGAACUGAUGCGAUAACAUUGAUAGUCAAGGUAGUUGUGAAAGAACAAAUUAAUUGGAGCAUUGUUACCGUUAGAGUGUUGCACGCUAAUAGCAUAGUAACCGUUACUACACCGCAGCUGCAGACGGAAUGAAUGUAUGGAGUUGUGGCUGUAGUUUCGAUUACUGUUGAAUGAUUCGCGAGGUCGAUUUCACCGAUUUUCAUGUACGCUUCUGAAUUAUUGGUUUACAAGGCGCAGUGCAACGGAGAGAUGCAUGUAGAUCUGCGGGGAUGCAUGCAAAACGCAAGAGUUUCAAUGUGCUAGAGUUAAGAGGAAAGGUUACUGAAAAUGUUACAUUGAAUUAAUUAGCAGCGUAUGCCAGCGUUCUUUUGAGGGAGGAGGAUUAGUAGCAGUUCACUGUUUAAAUAUCAACGCAAAAAGAUGAGGCAAUAGUGUGAAUGAAGCAUGUUUGAGCGUGAUUGUGUGUAAAUGUGGCAAAGUAUGAAUGGGUAAAGAUGUUUCCUUUUCUGAUAUAGAUACAAACAAAGAGCGAUACAUUAACUAUCCAAAAUAAUCGCACCCAUAUUUACCUUUACGUUUCUGUCAAUCAAAACUGGGUUCGGCGAUUGGAGGAAUAAUUUGUGUAACGCGUUAGUUAGUUUCUACCGCUCCUUAAGUAUACAAAGUGAAUGGAAUAAUUUUGUUCUACUUUUGGGAUUACGAUACUCUCCCAUAUCUUUCCACCCUUUUAAGUUUUAAAUUAGGUUGUUUUCUUUGUUCUACAAAAUCUGUUUUAAAUAGUUGCUAUGUCAUAUGAUUGACGUGUAAUUCGUGUAAUUCUUUUUCAACUUUGUGAUUUUUAAAACAUAGUUUUGUGAUUUGCCAAUAGAAUAUAUUAUAUUAUCAUGAAGCUAUUACUACCCUAUCCAAAAUUGUGAGACACAAACAUGAUCCUUUGAUUUUGUCGUGAGGUGUUGGGGAUUUGUAAACUUAUGGGUUCAACUCCCCGACACGAAUAAAGUUCCCGUCACGAAGUCAGCAAAAGAGCAACUAGUAUAAACUUUACAAAAGGAGACGUUAGAUAGUAGCGAUACUGAAAUGGUUAUGGCGAGGAAGAAAGUGGCAAGGUGCUUUGCUGACCACAAAAGCAAAAGUAAAACAACAUUGAAAUGGGGGAAACUUAGUAACUAUCUUGAUACCAAUAAUUACAUCAUAUAGAAGUUGAAGUGUAUAUACUGACAAGCAUAAAAUUAUGACGCAAAACAUAUAUUAAAAAAUAAAUCAAACAAAGAACAGUA